AAACCAAAUCUCACUUUUUUUAGUGUUUUUCCCUUUCAUAAAAAGAAAUUGGUAGAUUCAAUUAUUAGCUAUAAAACAUGUGAGAGAGAGACCAUUAGUUCUCAAACCAUAACGAUUCCUUAAUUCUUCAAUCUCGAUCCCUUUUCUUUGCAGGAACAACGGAUUACGAGAAGAUAGAACGAUACCAUCGAGAGUACUACAAUGGGCAAAUCUUCAAAGAAACUUAAACAUUCUACAGAUUCUUCUAGUAAGUUGCGAUCGGUGAAGAAGAAGAAGAAGACGAAGAGAAACAAAUCAAAGAAGAUUCGUCGGAUUAAAGAGUAUUCAGAUGAGAGUGAAUCAAGUUUUUCAGAUUCUUCCUUGUAUUCUUCUAGUUCAGAAGAUGAUUAUAGGAGAAAGAAGAAGCGUCGAUCUAAAUUGAGCAAGAAGAGGUCACGGAAGAGGUAUUCUAGUAGUGAGAGUGACGAUAGUGAUGAUGAUGAUGAUUCCGAUCUUUUAAAGAAAAGGAAAAGAUCUAAGAGGAAGGAUGAAUCUGUAGGGAAGAAGAAGAAGAAGAAGAGACUUGUUUCAAGAAAGAGACGUAAGAGAGAUUUGAGUUCAAGCUCUAGUGAGCAGAGCGAUGAUGAUGGUAGUGAGAGUGAUGGGAAGAGAAGGUCUAGGGAUAGAGGAAGACUUGGUGAUGUUAAGGAUGUGCGGGGAAGAAGUAGAGAUGGUUCGGAGGAAGAGAGUGAACCUGAUGAAUACUGGCAAGUGGAAGAUGAAGUUAUACCCGAGAAGAAUUCUAGAAGGCUUAAAUCUAUUAUUGUUGUAUCAUAUGGUUAUGGCGAUGAUGAGAGAAAGGAAGAAGAUGACAGAGAUGUCUAUACGAGACACCAUGGCAAACGAGAGUUAGGAUUUAGUGAGGAAUCUGAUGAGAGAGAUGGCGAUACUACUGUCUCUUAUGCUAGAACUCGUGCUGAUGAUGAUGGAGAUAAAACUGUUGACUAUGAUGAAUCUGGGGAAUAUAAUAAAUCUGAAACUAGCAAAGUUUCUCAUAGAGACAAUAGCAUGAAAGAUGAUGACCUUGAAGCCAUUCUAAAGAAAAGAGCUUUGGAGAAUCUUAAAAAAUUUCGUGGAGUGACCCAAAAGAGUGGAAUGACAAGAAAAGAGGUGCCUUCUGUUUCAGAAGGAGAACCUCUGGAAACUGAAUCUGAAAAAGUUGAGGAGUCACAAGACCAUGGUGUCAUGGAGCAGAAGCUUUCUGAUUCUGUGGUAUGUAAAGAUCUUGAGACUUCAGAAAAGAUAUUACAUGUUGUUAAUGCUAAGGAAUCAGGAACAGCAUUGGCUAAUUCUGCCUCUCAACAAGAUCAGCAGCCUGGUAAUACUGCUAAGGUUAGAGCUAGUUCUAGUAUUAGCUCAUGUUCAACUAAACAGAAGUUGAUUAGACCGUUAUUGGGGAAAGAAAGUGUAAAUAUAGCUAGCAGGAAAGAAGCAGCUGGUGGCCAAAAUGCUGAAGCAGAGAGCUUCAAUGGCAGUACCAUCGACAAGAAUUGUCCAGAAAGUUCUCUAGCUCUGGCACCAAAGACUGGAGGUGAAAACAUAGAACCAACCAAAGUUAGCUCUAGUCUUAACCCCCAGUCGUCUUCUCAUGCUGAUACUGAGACAUUAGAUGAAACUAAAGGAGGGUCUGAGUCUGAACAGAAAAAAAUUGAUGAAACAAAAGAUGAGUCACAGUACGAACAGAAAACGAUGACUGUGAUGAGGGGUGGAGAAAUGGUUCAGGUGAGUUACAAGGUCUACAUUCCUAAGAAGGCCUCUUCUUUGGGUAGAAGAAAACUCAACAGGUGAAGCAACAAAGUGAAGAUAGUUGAGGUCGACAGAUUUUUUGUUUCUGUAGAAUUUAAACACAAUGGUUACAACUAGAGUUGGCGACAACACAAAACUUUCAAUCAUUUUUUGAAUACAUCAAUGAAGGGUACAUUAAGUUUGAUGUCAUGUGUAACUGUAGCCUUUUACACAACUCCAUUAAGGCAGACCUGUUCUUGAUGUCUAAUCAUUAGGCACUUUUGAUCUUGCCUUUA